AUGUCGAACGGGCUCAUUAUGGCCGGUAUGGCCAUAGCGGCCGCCGGUUUCGGUGCAAGGAUGCUGCUAAAGAAUAGGGCUGUGAUCAAGAAGGGGCUCGAACAAAUUCCUAUUGCCGGCGAGGUCUUCGAUAAAUACCACCGUGGCGGCUUCGAGCAGAAGAUGUCGAGGCGUGAAGCUGCCAUGAUCCUCGGGGUGCCAGCUACAGCGAAGCCAAACAAAAUCAAAGAAGCCCAUAAGCGCAUCAUGAUUGCGAAUCACCCGGAUCGAGGUGGCUCUCCCUACUUGGCCGCAAAGAUCAACGAGGCAAAGGAUUAUUUGGAAACGAAUAAGAGC